UAUGGCGCAAGAAAUAUGCCUCGUAAAAAAAGGAAGAGAUACUUUUAAGCUGAUAAAUUACUGCGAUUUAAUUGACGGUGGCAGUUCUCGAUGACCGACAAACACAUAAGACAACAGUUUUUAACUUUGUUUUUAAUAUGCCUGUGCCCGUUCCGCUGCAGGUGAGUGAGGCAUGACGAUGGCGAUCGACUAUUUUAGUUACUCUAAUCUCGCUUCAACGAUACGUUUCUGAAUAGAAAUUCCUUGUAAUCCAGCUGAGGUUUACGUUACGCGAAUGGCGUCCCGUAUACUUUUUUGCAGGCUUCUUCGGGGCUUUAUUGCACGUCGGGUUAUUUGGAUUUUCCUUUUAACACUACUAAGUACAGGUUUGCCGCUCAUUUUCUUAACGACGGCCCCAGAAGUUCUUGUUGAGGAGUCUAACGAGGUUUUAGUUCGGAUCCAUGCCAACCGUUUUCGGCCAACACUUCUUAUGUGGACUUCAGUAUGGCGCAAGACUUUAGCUCAAAGUGACCUAAUCAAGAUCGACUGCUUUGGUUCUAAGAUCGCGUGCGAUGUCUCCAGCGACCGUCGUAUUGUUCACGAGGCCGCAGCUCUUAUUUUCCAUGGAAGAGAUGUGUCUUUUUGGGACAUGCCAAAAAGGAAAUACGUUGGCCAACCAUGGGUUCUAUGGAAUCAAGAACCACCGAGCCAAUCGCCAAUACAAGUUUACAAACAGGGAAGUAAUUUGUUUGACCUGGAGCUGGGCUACCGGCAAACCGCAGACAUUUUCGCACCAUAUGGAUUCUUCAGUCAGAAGAGAGCUGAGGCUUCGGAUGAAAACAGGGAAAAACUCGAAAAGCGCUUUAUCAAACAGAAUGGGGCCGUUUGGUUAGUCAGUGAUUGUUGGACCGAAAGCAGAAGAGAAAAUUAUGUGCAGGAGCUCCAAAGAUAUUUUCCUGUUGACGUAUAUGGGGCAUGUGGAAACCGCAUAUGUCCGAUGAGUGCAAGCGAUUCCUGCAUGAAUACGCUGAGCCAGAAGUACAUGUUCUAUUUGGCUUUCGAAAAUUCGAUAUGUCCAGAUUAUGUGACUGAAAAGCUUUACCGUACACUUCAAUACCCUAUAAUACCUGUUACUAUGACUGGAAGCAGAGGCCAAUUUCUUGACUCUCUGCACGCGUUUGUUGACGCGUCGAAUCUCGACCCGCUGUCACUAGCCCUAAAGCUUAAGAAAAUCUCUCAAAACAUCACCCAGUACGCUACGUAUUUUGUCUGGAAGAAAAAGUACACAGCGCACAAUCAAGUUAAUCCGUUAUGCCAUAUAUGUGAUAAAUUUCGAAAACAGUUAAAUGGCGCAAUGAAUUAUAAAGCGAGGAACCGAACGUACCUGACAGACCGGAUGAAUCAUCGAGCAUGCAAAACAUGGAACAGUAAUACUCAAAAAUUCGAAUCAAUCGGCUUGUGAGAAAGUUUGCCUGUUGAAGUUACUUAUUAGAUAUUCGCAGUUACUCCUACGAAGCAGAAAACGUAUACCUCACAGGUGUACGUUUGUAUGUAAGAGAUUCAUAUGUCGAUAAGGUCAUUUAUUAAUCCACUUUCAAAGCAUUACAGCUGAAUGAUAAGCAUUCGCAUCUGUCGGACGACAAUGUCUGCUACGGCGUUGAUUUAGUCCCUUAUAUACUAAUACGUUAUUCAGACUCCCGAUUAUAGUCGACUUAGAAAUUAUUGGACGCUUGCUGACGCAAUGAAGAGUUGCUACGAACUCUCUUGACAAAGGAAAAGCUUACUACUGUCAAUUGACAAGACGAAUGUUUUUGUUUCUUCCAAAUACACAGAGAUUCGCUAACUGCACUGCACUGUCAUUAAAGAACGGGAUAGAAAUAUUGGACUGGUCCAAAUCUAACAAACGUAUUAGUCUCUUUUCGGUAAGUCUGUCUGCGCUAAGGUUCUUAACGUAUCAGCCAUAUACUGGUGCUCGAGACGAAGGAACGAGGUCGAUUGUGGCACAGGCACCAAUGUUCUAAAAACUUAUUUAAUCGCUCCCAUGUCCAGCAGAAUAUACAGCAACCUGUUAGAUAAGCAAAUAUUCUUCAACUUUGAAAGAGUCAUGAUAACUUUGAUAAUACCAACAUUCUAGUAGGUGGAAUUGGAUCUCACUUUGGCAUAAGUAGCUAGCCUUAUGGAACUGGUUUAGUUAGUCUCCAACUUAAUUACAAAGUCUGCCAGACCUCAGUCAUGGAGGUGGUGAGAACCAAACACUUACACCAUUAAACCCACUGUCCUUAUGCUAUAGGAAAUUCCAAAAAAGAUUCAGUGUUUAAACUAAGAGACUUUUGUUAUCACAUAGCGAAUCAUAACAAGUAAGUAUCGUUGUAACUAACUAGUACAAUUUCGUUGAUUAGUUAGUUCUAGCUAGUACUUAGAGUACAUAUGGAAUUUAUACGAAUCCUAAUCUGAUCCUGUAGAGUAUAAAUAUUUACUGGCAUCCGUGCUGCAGAUGGAUAUUUAUAAAUUACAUAAAUACUACCUCUCAACAAACAAAAUUUUAGACUGAGUUUUUAAAGUAACAUCGUUUUCUUGCCAUUAUUGGGCACUAGUAAGCUGCUAUCAAUAUCAAUAACAAG